GUUGAAUUUCACCGUCUCUCCUUUACCUCGUACUGUAGCACACUCCUUUGAGCUUAUCACGCUCCUUUCCAACAGUCCUCGUAGGAGCAGCCUUUCCUUUACUCUGUUGCACGAAUGCGACCUACUUCUCUGGUGAUUUCGGUCACCUGUAUUCUCCUCUCGCACGUCGGGCACGUGUUAGGCUCGCCAGAGCCAUGGUGGAAGGGAUCAGGCUGUGAACCCGAAUCCAAACAGUCCCCCGCUCCCGUCUCAACCACCGCAAUCUAUGAGUUGAGUAGCAGUACAGGAAUCCAACGGGUUACAUGGCAUUCUCCCUCAAUUUCUGGUUCGGCCUCUUUCCAGAGCACGUGGACUUCUCAUUCUCCCAGUACAUUCACGACCAGAGUUAGCACCACAAGCUCGCGCAUUGGCACUUCCGGUACGACAUCGUCACAGGUCACAUCCCCGACCACGACAUCUACAGCCAGCUCGACCACUCCAUUAAGCUCUAGUACUUUCAGUCCGUCUAGCACGACCACUUCGACAAGUCCGACCACCAGCGGUACCACAACCACAACCACGACAAGUCCUACCACAACUAGCACCACAACAUCGACGACUACUACCACCACCACCACCACCACCACAACAACUACCACCAGUUCAACCACAACCACAACCACCACCAGCAGUCCAACUACCACCACCACCAACAGCAGUCCAACUACUACCAUAACGACGACGACUACCACCACCACUACCACCACCACCACCACAACGACAACAACAACGACGACGACAACUACUACCACGACAAGUGCUGCACCUACUCCAUCGAGUUGCAACCCAGGAGGCGCCCAGCCAACGUUUAAACUCGAAGCUGGCAGCGACUUUGCAGAAUUCAAUGGCCUGUAUGGAGCCGUGGCGCCUAUGACCACAGACGAAAUCGACUAUAUCUUCUUCGACGUUGGGGAGGACAGCGGGACGCUGUUCACAUUCAACGAUGCUUGCAAUCUGGUCGAUGUCUUCAGCGGCGAGAUCGCCAGUGUCACCAUCGCCGAUGUCAGCCCUCCGCCGGGUCUUCAACUCUUGAACCCUGUACCUGCGGGCAAUUUGGCUGCUACUUGCGACAUUGUUGAUGAUGAGCUCGAGUGUAUUGCUGGGGCCGAUACAACCUUCUGUCUCUGCCUUAGUGAAGACGUCGUCGCCCAUUUCGGGACGGCUGCCGCAUGUGCGACUUGCAACACCCUGACAUUCACCGCGAUACUCGAUUGAGAGCUGGGCGACAAAAAUCACAGUGGGAACGCGGAGGCGGGCUGUUCUUGAUCUUGAACUGGAGUUGUGGCGGCGAAGCUGUCUCGGAUUGUGAAGAUAGCAGUGGUAAGGACGAGCGAUUAUCUGAAGUUUGAGCAAUAAGGAAAUAUUGCGUAGUUGGCUAUAAUGGGUUAACACAUAUGUGCUCAGAGAUAGAGUCCGCGUUGUGGUUGAAUUCCGACGUGUCUCCUGCGAAGCGUGGUCUCCACCAUGCCAUAUACAAGUACAGCUUGUCGAUUGCCGUGAACUUGGCGUUGUUCACCGAGUGUUCCGGGAGCGCUCCCUGAUGAUCAGCUUAAGGCUCGGUUAGAGCUCAGAUUAAAGCGGCCUUUGCUCACCCUCUAGGACCAAGUCGAAUAUGGCAAUUAGGUGCUUCGUGCGCGAAUAAUAGAGGUGCUCUAUGAGCGUUCGAGAGG